AUGUUAUCUUUACUUGAAUAACAGAAAUUUUAUGGUUCUACAUAUUGGGACACUUACCCUGAUGAUAACAUCCAUGCUAUCAUACUUCAAAAAGAAGGUAAAAGCGGAAUCUACAUUGGCAAUAUAUAUGCUGCAAGAGAUACAAAAUUGCAUAUUCGUUAUAAUAUUAAAAGUGUUUUAACAGUUUAAUAAAAAUGCUUAGUUAAAUAUUAGGGAAGCGAAUAAAUCUUAUUUCAUAAGGUUAUUCCAAUUGAUAUAGAAAAUUGUGGAGAUUUAUUUAAAGCAUUUUAUGAUUCUUAUAUGUUUAUUGAAAAUGGAAUUACUUAUGGGAAUGUUUUAAUUCACUGUUAAGAUUGUAUUACAAUAAGUCCUGUAUUUGUAAUAGCGUAUAUGUUACAAAAGAAUGGAUUUACAGUUGAGAGAGCUUGGGAAAUAGUUAAAAUUUAAAAUCCAUUUGUUUAAGUUAGACAUUGUAUUAUAUGAAUUUAAAUAGAGUUUUUUCAAUAGUUAUUGAUAUAUGAGUAAUCAUUGAAUUUAGACACUUAUCUUGGUUAACCUCCAAAAGAAGGAAAACAUUUAAGAAAUGUAGAGAUUAAAGAACUUAGUAGAUUAGAAAAGAUCAGAGAGAGAGAGUAAAAACAAAAAACAUUUAUAGAAUCAGUUUAUAAUAAAUAUCAUCUAGAAAAUAAUUAUUAAAUAGAUUAUGAAGAAUUAAAAAAAAGAUAUCCUAAAAAUUAGAAUUAUUGA